UUGGAUGACUCAGUCACUAAAGCAAAACACAAUCAAUUCCUUUCUGCUCUGGGAUGCAGUUUUAAACGGCUUUUCUGGAGGAGGGGGAGGGUUUUCUUCGCUAACUUGGAAGGAGGAGAGAGCUAAGGAACGGUUGCCACGGAAACGGCAGCCCGGAUUGAUUGCACUCCUCAAAGGUCUGGCAGGGCGGCGCGAUGCAGGUCGGGCUGCUGGAGGAGUCCUCCUGCUUGCCCCUCCCCCAACCUCCCGCGAGCGGGGCUCGGCAGCGCUGCACGCCGGGAUAGCGGAGGAGGUCGGCGAGUCCUCCGACAUUAAGAUGGCGGCGGUGGCCUCCAAGCCCAAUUUCGCCGUUGUCUGCUCUUUCCUCGAGCGCUAUGGCGCCUCGCUGGAACUGCCCGAAUUCACCUUCCCCGAGCUGGAAGAAGCGCUGGAAAAUAAAAAAUCGGUUCCUCAACCAUUGGUUGAUCUUCAUUUGAAGUUGAUGAGGAAGAUUGGGAAGUCUGUCAGCUUCGAUCGAUGGGAAAAGUACCUUCUCAGGAUCUGCCUGGAAUACAACAAUACUUGGGCUUGGGAGAUGGAAAAAAUUGGAUACACUGAGAUGGAUGCUGAAUGCAAACUUGGCCUCUUGAAGUACCUUUGUGAAUGUCAGUUUGACGACAACUUAAAGUUCAAGAACGUGCUGAAUGAAGAGGAACCUGAUGCUAUGCGCAUUCAUCCCAUUGGCUGUGAUAAAGAUGGCCUAAUGUACUGGUAUCAGCUCGACCAGGAAUUAAAUGUUCGACUGUACACGGAGGAACAAGAUGAUCAAGAUGGCACUUCUUGGAAGCUCAUUGUAAGGGACCGCAAUGAAUUGGCUGAAACCUUGCAGCUGCUGAAGGCCCAGAUAGAUCCAGCAUUACUGAGUAAAUUCAUCCAGGAAGGUGGGUCCUCUCGUACUAGUCCUACACCAGAAGAUGAAGAGAGCAAGAAGGAACUUGAAGAGCACCUGGAAGAAGAAAUGAAACUAAACAAGGUAUUGGAUGAACAGCAGAAAGAAUCAGAAUCAAUUGGAAAAUCAUCCCUUGCAUCUACUUCCCCAGUAGAAGACAAGAAAGUCCAGCUGGUCAAAAAGCAGGAAGAUGACAAUGGGGGAAAUCUAGAGCAGAUGGUUAAGAUCGAGGAACCUGGGUCAGAAAAUAUUGCGAAAGCUGACGGUACUAAACCAACCAAAGAGAACAGUGUUAACAAAAUGAGUGCUGAUGGGGAAGACAAACCCAGCAAAGCAGAACUGAUGAAUCUGAAAAGCUCAGGUGAAAGGAAGGUUUACAGUGGUAAGUUGACAUCUGUAGAAUGUGAAAAGCUAGAAGUCAGCGUUAAGGUCGAGCCAGCUGAUGACAUCAAAGAGAAAUCCUCAGAAGAGCUCGAAAGGGCACUGAGGAAUGUCAAGCAGGCAAAACUUCCUGUGAAAAAACGCGAAAUCAAACUUGCUGAGGAUUAUGACAAAGGCCCCAUAGGCAAGCCUGUCACCCCUGUCAAAGAACUGUUGAAAGUAGAGGGAGAACCUGUGAAGCAGGCACCCAUAGAGGAGGAUGGAAAACAACUAGUGAAUGGUGAGGUGACCAUUGGACCUCAGGUGAACCAGCACAAGAGUGGGGAGGGAAUCACAGAGGCUUCUGCUCCAGGGAAGACUGAGGAACCCAAGGGAAAACAGGAUACUGAAGCCAAGCACCCAGUGAGGGAAGAGGAAAAUGGGAUUGAUGGGCCAGGCACAAAAAGCUCAGAGCCGCCAAUAAGCAUUGCCACGGAGAAUCAUGGCAGUGUAAUAAAAGUUGAGGUUAACCAGAACUGCGUGACAAAGAGAAAAGGUGGAGACCCUGGUCUCCUAGAACUCGAGAAGUCUACUGAGGAAGCAAAAUCUAAAUGUGAGAAUGAGGAUUCUUCAAAAUGCUCCGUGAACACCAAUCUCUCCGAAAGGAUGCUGCCUGACAAAAAGCAGGCAGAUUGUAUCAAAGGUGGGCAGGAGGAAUGCAAGAAAGUCUCAUUGAGAAGAACAAGGUCAUCCAUGAGACAACAGGCACCAGAGAAAGCAGUGGCAGAAGAAACACCACAGAAAGUAGAACAUAUAGAGGAGAAAAAGCCAGAGACAGAACAGGGUGAGGCUAGAUGCCUGAGGAGGUCACAGCGAAUAUCUAAACCCACCAUAAAAGUGACUGAGAAUCAAGAGAAGAAAGCAAUCAAGAAAGAAGAAGUGCCUGCACCCCAGAGUCCAAGAAAGGAGGAGAACCAGAGAAAACUGGAGAAAGAUUCCUCUCUGUCAAGAGGAACAAAGCGUAAGGCGAAAGCCAGCAGAAGAGCUAAAUGGACCAAAUCGAAGGGCUGGCGUAGACAGGACGAAUCAAGUGAGGAGAGUGAGAGCGACCAGGAUGAUGAUGAAUCUGAUGAGGCAGAAGAAGAAAGGCCAGCAGAAGAUGAUGAGCCCUGUAAAAAAUGUGGCUUGUCCAAUCACCCUGAACUGAUUUUGUUGUGCGACUCUUGUGAUAGUGGUUAUCACACUGCAUGUCUACGACCGCCAUUGAUGACGAUCCCAGAUGGCGAAUGGUUCUGUCCUCCUUGCCAACAUAAAUUUCUGUGUGAGAAACUAGAAGAACAGUUGCAGAAUAUCGAUGUGAUGAUUAAAAAGAGGGAAAGAGCUGAAAGAAGGAAAGAGAGGUUGGCGUUUGUGGGAAUAAACGUUGAAAACAUCAUCACUCCAAAAGAUUUAGUACCAGAAGAGCCUGAAAUUAAAGACUACAAAUCCUUGGAAAGGCGAUCAGGGAGAACACGGAGAUCCAUCAAUUACAGGUUUGAUGAGUUUGAUGAUGCAAUCGAUGAAGCAAUACAUGAAGACAUACAGGAGGCAGAGGGCAAAGGUGCUGGAAGAGGAAAGGACAUGGCAAACAUCACUGGACAAUCCCAUGGGAAGGAUAUCUCCACUAUACUUGCAGAGUCGAAGGAAAAUAAGCGACCGUCACGAGAAGCUGCUUGCAGACGCAAGAAAAGGCGAAGACUGAAUGACCUUGACAGUGACAGUACACCUGAAGAUGAAGAAAGUGAAGAGGAGUUCAGAAUAAGUGAAAGUAGCGAAGAAGAGUUUGAGAUCUCUGACCGAGACAGCGAGGCAGAGCUUGCCUCCAAUGACGAAGAUGGUUUUGACUCCCCCCGCCGAGGAAGACAUCAGAAAUACACAGAGCCAAUGAGGAGGAGUCGAAGGUUAAGAGGAAGAGCAGUUAAACGGUAUUCCGAUGAGGAUGAAGAUGAGGAUGAAGAUGAACAAGAAGAGAGUGAUGGUUCAAGUUGUUACAGUGAUGUGCUGGACAUGAGGAGGAGGCGGUCGAAGCGGAACCAGUCCAAAAAGGUCAAUUAUAGAGAAGAUUCUGAGUCAGAGAGGUCCAUGAAAAGUAGUGCAAGUCGAAAGGAAAGACUUAGAGGGCACAAGCGUAGACUGUACAUCACCAUCAGUGAUGAGAGCUCUGGGAGCAAAAGUUCUGAGGAAGAAGAUGAUGAGCGACCUCAGCGGAAGCGCCCAAACCGGAUCGAGGACGAGGAGGACGAAGACCAGCCUGCGCUGGUGAGCAGGCUGUCCUCCAGACCCUGUCGGGAUUGCAGCAAGAAGCCUGCAUACCGGCUGAUGAGUGAUGAGGAGGAGGAGGACGAGGAGCUGCAGGAGGCCGAGAAGGACGCCAGCUCCUUGGACUGUAGCCUGGUGGAACUGCCCCCCUCCAAUGGACAGACCCUGAUCAGCAGAACCGGCCAUGGUGCUAGCUCGACGCUCGACCAGCACAGAUGGAAAGCGUGCAAGGAGCCAGCCGGGUUUGAACCUGAAGUCCAGUGCGGAUGCCACUACUCCACUGGCCGGCUUUUGGCAAUGAAUCAGGCUUCUUCAAUCCAUCUUUGCACUCAAUGAAAUUAUUAAACCUGCUUUUGAGAGAAAAGAAGUCCAAAUUGAAUUUCAAUGACAGACUGCCGAAAUUUGCAUGUCAUUUGUCUGCCUAUCCCACUUGCUUUUCAGCUGCAGGUUUCUGGAUGAUUCAUGUUCAUUGGACCUGAAACAUUGGAAGCAUUCUCCCCAACACAGGAUCUGGGUGUGAGAUAAAGGUGUUGUGGACUUAACAAUAUGAGCACUUUCAGCAGGUCUAUGUAUUUAUUCAUUAUUUAGUUAUUACCUACCUACACACCUACCCACCCACCCUACCAACCAGAACAGGCCCUUUAGGCCCAACAAACUGCGCCAUCCAGCAACCCACUUAUGUAACCCUAGCCUAAUCGCAGGACAAUUUACAAUGACCAAUUAACCUACUAGCUGGUAUGCCUUUGGACUGUGGGAGGAAACAAGAGUGCCCAGAGGAACAUACAAACUCCUUACAGGUGGAUGACAUUGGAAUUGAACUCUGAUGCCUCAAGUUGAAAUAGCAUUGUGCUAACUGCUGUGCUACUGUGCUGCGAAGCACAGCAACUACACUAAAGCCAUUUGGCCCCUCUAGUUGAUUCAGAUUAUUAUCUUUUGACUUGCUUAAGAACAAAGAAAUAAGAGCUGCAGUAUGCCAGCCAGGUACACCAUUCAGUAAAUUCAUAGACUACGUCAUUAACGUAGAAUAUUACAGCACAGUACAGGCCCUUCGGACCAUGAUAUUGUGCUGACAUUUUAACCUACUCUGAGCUCAAUCUGACCCUUCCCUCUCACGUAACCCUCCAUUUAUAAAAAUCAUCCAUGUGCCUAUCUAAGAGUCUGUAAAAUGCCCUAAAUGCAUCUGCCUCUACUACCACCACCAGGGCUACAUGUUUCAUGGGCCGCCAUCCUCAGUAUAUGAAAAAAAAACCUUUCUCUGACAGCCCCCCCCAUAUCUUGCUCCAAUCUCCCUCUAUAAGCCAUUUCCACCCUGGGAAAAAGAUUCUGGCUGCCCACUAUCUUUACCUCUUACCAUUUUGUACAUCUCUGUCAAGUCACCUCUCAUCCUCUGCUCCAAACAGAAAAGUCCUAUCUUGCUCAGCCUAUCCUCACAAGACAUGCUGUGAUCCAGACUGCAUCCUGGUAAAUCUCCUCUGCACUCUCUCUAAAGCUUCCACAUCUUUCCUAUAAUAAGACUACCAGAACUGAACACAAUGUUCUAAGUGUAUUAAUUUCUGGUCACCUCAUUACAAGAAUGAGACAACUAUUGGGUCUAUUUAAUACAUUGAUAGGGACAGAUGCUGAAGAGCCUGUAUUGUUCUGUGUUCUAACUCAUCGGAUUCACAGGUUUCCUUUGGAGCAAGAUGGCUUCCAUCCUUAGCACAUGUCUUGUACUUGAACCACAAGGGUGCACAUCAGAUUGAUUGUUGCAAUGUUUAAGAGUGCGAGAGCACUCUACACUGAACCAGACAUUUUUGUGAGGCUUAUAAGGUGAAGUCAGGGUUAAUGUUUCCCUGACUGGUUAACCUGGAACCAAAGGUCACUGUCUUGUAAUAAGGGGCUGGUCAUUCAGGACUAAGUGGGUAAAGAAAUUUCUUUUCAAACAGGUUCAUCCUUGAAAUUUGCCUCAGAGAACUGUGCAAGCUCAGUUGCUGAUUAUAUUUAAUAGAUUUUAGUCACAGGAAGGAUGUGAUUGUGCAGGAGGGAGUUCAGUGGAGAUUCAUCAAGUUAUCUAGAUUGAAGGAUGAGUGAUAGAGAAUUUUAUUUAUUUAGUUAGUUAUCGCAACAGGCCCUUCUAGCUAAAUGAGCCCCCGACACCCAGCAACCCACCUAGUGCAAGCAAUAAGGUUCCCAUUGUAAUGAAUUGGUGAUGCUGGCUCCAGAAGAAAGUUAACCAUUGUUUUCUUAUAGUUAAUAGAUUUUGAUUGUCAAUGCAUUUAUUUUAUUUGAGAUAGUGUGGAACAGGCCCUUGCAGUCCAAUGAGCUGUGCUGCCCAGAAACCCACCUAUUUAACCCUAGCAUAAUCACAGGACCAUUUACAAUUCCAACUAACCUACCAACCUGCCAAUCUUUGGAAUGUAGAAGGAAACUGGAGCACCGGAGGAAACCCACAUGGUCACGGGGAGUACUUACAAACUUCUUACAGACAGUGCUAGAAUUGAACUCUGAACUCCAACAUGAUAAGCUGUAAUAGCAUUGCGCUAACUACUAUGCUACUGUGGCUGGGUUUAAUCCUUUGGAGAAAAGGAAGCUGAGAGGUGAGUUUAUAAGAGGAGUAAGGUAGAUGGUCAGAAUCUUUUCCUGUGGUAGGGGGAACCAAAACCGCUCUAUGUGGUUAGCAUAACACUAUUACAGAGCCAGCAACCCACUGGCUGGCUGUAAGGAGAUUGUACAUUCUCCCUGGGACCACAUGAAUUUCCUCUAGAUGCUCAGGUUUCCUCUCACAGUCCAAAGAUGUACCAGUUAAUAGGUUAAUUGAUCAUUGUAAAUUAUACUGUGAUUAGGCUAGGGUUAAAUCGUAAGAUUGUUGGGUGGCACAGCUCAUUGGGCUGGAAGAGCCUGUUCAGUACUAUAUUGCUAAAUAAACGAGCUGGAAUAGUAUAAGGUGAGAGGAGGAAUUUGAGGGAUUAAUUUUCUUUUACAUAGAGUCCUCCAAGAGAUGAUGGUGGAAUCAGAUACAAACAGUACAUAUAAGAGACAUUAAGAUAAAGACUUACACUCAGUGACCUAUACUUAAUAAAGCGGUCACCAAGUCGAUUUCUGCUGCAGUAGCCCAAAUACUUAAAGGUUCGAAGUGUUGUGUGUUCAGAGAUGCUCUUCUGCACAGCACUGUUGUGAUGUGUGGUUACUUGAGUUACUGUCAACUUGAACCAGUCUGGCCAUUCUUUUCUGACCUCUCAUUAACAAGGCACUUUUGCCCACAGAACUGCCCCUCACUGGAUGUUUCUGCUUUUCGCACCAUGAUUGUUGCGCUUGAAAAUCCCAGGAGAUCAACAGUUUGAGAUGCUCAAACCACCCCAUCUGGCACCAACAAUCAUUCCACAGUCAAAGUCAUUUCGAUCACAUUUCUUUUCCAUUCUGAUGUUUGGUCUGGACAGCAACUGAACCUCUUGACCAUGUCUGCAUGCUUUUAUGCAUUGCUGCCACCUAAUAAAGUGGUCACUGAGUAAAUCAACAAGGCAUAAAUGGAUAUGAUGGUAGUGAAGCAGUUAGCAUGACACUUACAGCUCGGUGUUCUGCAGUUGAAUUCUGGUGCAGUUAUAUAAGCACUCUGUACAACAUCAUGGAAUGUGUUGGCUUUCCUUAAUGCUGCAGUUUCCUUCCACAGUCCAAAGACAUACCAGGUAGGUUAAGUGGUAAUUGUAAAUUGUCCUGUGACUAAGUGAAAGUUAAUUGGGGUUGUGGGGUUGCUGGAGUGGUGUGGCUUGACGGGUUGGAAGGGCCUAUUCUGCACUGUAUUGCUAACAAAAGAUAUGGUCCUAAUGUGGACAAAUGGAUAUAUUGUAGAUGGAGAGGGAACGGGUGUGGGCUGAAUGUGCUGGAUGAUUCUGAUUCCAUGGUAAUGUAAAACGAGAGGCUUCUGUGAGGAGGUUCUGCUCAGAUAAGGAUCAACCAUCUUAUUGUAUGCCACUAUUAAAUGUAAGUGUCUGGUUUCUCUGACACUGUUCCACCACUGUGUUGACU